CGGCGCCGAAGAGUGACAGAAACGUGCUCGAACAGCUGAACGAUGAAAGGAGAAGAAGGAACAAGGGAAUCGACGGGGCAAGAGAGAGGGUCGAUCCAAGUUCGUGAAUGCCGAAAUCGCCCGAACUGCUCCUCGGCGGGAGUUCGGUGCUGAGUCUCAGUCCUGCUGUGAACGCAGCAAGGAACGCCACGAGUGUUUCAUCUUCGCACGACAUUCGAUACGUUUUCAAGGUGUGCACGCGAAUGGUGUGUGUUCGUCGUCGUACGCUGAGGCGUAUUCUCCUGCGUUCUCUUCCUUCUCUAUGCGGAACAUGCAACAGGAAACUGCGCUCGAUGUUGAUCGAGGGAUGUCUCCGACGUAAGUAGAGAAAGACUGUUAUUACACUUGGGUAAAGUCGUUGUUGUCUAGGUCGACGCGAAGGAAGAGAGUCUAGGCGCGCGAGACGCGCGAAGAGGUGACGUACACGAGGAUUUUGUAGGACGGCUGGGACGCUCGGUGAAGUAUACAGUGAGAAAAGUUCAGGAAACCGAAGGAACGAGACGCUAGUAGUGAACUGAAGUGAAAUUGCUCGGACAGUGUACUUUACUAGUGAUACAACCCCCUCAGUGUACAGGAUUUUCAAACGAUAACGUCAGCACUUCGGGAAACGUUUUGGGAAACACUCCGUCCAUCAGCGAGGCACGAAAAGUGCUCCGCAAAUAGAAAUAUGAACAAAUCGUGUCUCAACUGAAAACUCUCGAACAGUCGCAACCGCCUCGUUCAUCACAAUGAUGAACGCUUUCCUGGAUGGCGUGUCCUCGCACCCACAUCACCUGGCCAAUCUGGGCAUCAAACUGUCACCGAGCGGUGGUGGUGGUGCCACAGCGGGAUCUGCAGACGCUGGCACAGGUGUUCAGCCAGCACCAGGUGAAGCACCAUCUCAACAGCAUCAUCACUUUCACCCCCAAGGCUAUCCCCCUCAUCAUCCCCAUCCGGCCUCGCACAUGGCACCGCACAUGGGCCACCACAUGAGCCAUCACCCUGGCUACGCGGCUCGUGAUUUCCUCCUUCGCCGGGAACAUGAGUUCAACGCAACCGCGAACCCAACCACACCGGAGAGCGGUUUGGGACUGUUCACGCCGCUUCACGACGGUACAGCUGCCACCAUGCAACAAUUUCCACACCAUCCGAGUCAACAUCCACUGGCGGCCAGCCACUAUCCCGGUCACUAUCCGCAGGACUCGAGGUUACCGCCUCAUCAUCAGUACUUAGGCGCUCCUCAUCUGACACCGGCGUCGAUUCAUCAUCAGCAGCAUCCAGCCGUUAGCCACCCGAGCCAUCAUCCACACGGCGCGUUCCUCAGGUACAUGAGAAGCAACGGGAACGGCGCCGGUGCUGGAACGAGCGGCGUAGCCGGCGGCCAACGGCAAGAAAUGUCCUGCAUGUGGGUAGAUCAGGACGCGCCCGGACCCGGAAGGAAGCUAUGUGGCAAACUCUUCAACUCCCUCCACGAUAUCGUGACGCACCUCACGGUGGAGCACGUGGGCGGUCCCGAGUGCACGACGCACGCGUGUUUCUGGCAGGGCUGUUCGCGUAACGGCAGGGCCUUCAAGGCCAAGUACAAGCUCGUCAAUCACAUAAGGGUGCACACCGGUGAGAAACCAUUUCCCUGCCCGUUCCCUGGCUGCGGCAAAGUCUUCGCCAGGUCGGAGAAUCUGAAGAUCCACAAGAGGACACACACUGGCGAGAAACCGUUCAAGUGCGAAUACUCUGGCUGCGAGAGGCGGUUCGCGAACAGCAGCGACCGCAAGAAGCACAGUCACGUCCACACGUCCGACAAGCCUUACAAUUGUCGAGUUACCGGCUGUGAUAAAUCCUAUACCCACCCUAGCUCGUUGCGCAAGCAUAUGAAAGUGCACGGCAUGACCCUGGGCGAGGGAAAGAUUGGAGGGGGCUAUGAAAGCGAGGGUGAAGAGAGCAGCAGCAGCGGGGGUAGUUUGUCCGUGACCGGGCACACCGAGUCUCCUCAGCCGCCUCCGGUCGUCCCGACGACCACCACGACCAAUCCACCGUCGAGUCAUCCUUCGACCAGAGGGCCAGAGUUGACCGAAUGGUACGUCUGUCAGCCGCCAACGGUUGGUCCUCAGCAUAGUCCAUUGCCGGGCCCACCGCCACCCCAUCAUCUUGGCCCGCACCACUUCAACCCGUUGAUGCAUCACCAGGCGACUGCCUACUAGUUCUUUGUCGAGAACCGAUCGGACCCUUAUGGAACUUAAAGCCACUGUAAACCAUCAAGUAUAGAAAUGGACAAUCAAUUGAGUCUCGUCGGACGUUCAGGAAGAAGUUUCGAAGGACACGCGCAUCCGUGAAAGAUCUCCAAACAACUGAAGAAGGCACAUUCAACUGGAUAAUAGAAAUUAGGAUAAAUAUUAAUUUGAUUAAAUUUAGCGAUCAUCGAUUAGUCUCUCUCGUGAGUAUAAUUAAAUACUUAAAUAGGUAAAUACAGUAUGCCUGGCAAAGGCUUUAGUUAUUAUUAUCAAUUAAAUUCUUUCUUUUUUUUUCUUUUCUU